CUGUCAUACAGUUAAGACAUUAUUUUCAUUUUAUUGUCCACAUUCAUUCAUCAACACAUCCGGAGAUGCACUGAUCUGUAGUAUUGAGACAAAAACAACACAUCCAGUGAGGACAAUAUCUCUUCUGUCUGUCUCUGCUUUGUAACAGCGCUCUGCCUCCGGCUCCACGGUCAACAUCGGUCCUGUUUAUCUGUCGGGAGCCACAAGCCAUCACGGGACUGUCACUAAUGUCAUAACUGACAUGAUGUUCCUGACGCCGACAGGGAUAAUGCUGCUGCUGAUGAAGGGAGAUAUCUAACACUGGCCGGUCACACAUUGUCAGUUAAGGCAGAAUCAGAGACAGAAGGAGCUGGUCAGUGUGGCAUCAGUGCCAAUGGCCCUGUUUAUCUCCAACUUCUCUUACGUCUGGACUCCUGUAACCAUGGCUCUCUAAUCCUGGGGUCACCUCAUUGGGCUGGCGGGGAGCCUAACAAAUAGACUGCUGUGGUUUGCCCUCCAGAGGAGAGCGUCAAACAGUUUGUGCAUCUGUGCGAGUGAGAAAGUGAGCCAAUCAUGGCCAGCAUGGCGGUUCAGCUCCUUGGCUUCUUCUUAGGGCUGUUGGGGUUUGCGGGAACUGUCGUCGCAACUGUGCUCCCCCACUGGCGCAGCACAGCCUAUGUUGGCUCUAACAUCAUCACAGCCACCGCCUACAUGAAAGGCCUGUGGAUGGAGUGUGUAUGGCACAGCACAGGCAUUUACCAGUGUGAGAUGUACAGAUCUCUUCUGGCACUGCCACGUGAUCUGCAGGCUGCCCGGGCGCUCAUGGUGCUCUCAUGCGUCACUUCAAUCCUGGCAUUUAUGGUUUCUGUGAUGGGGAUGAAGUGCACCCGUUUCGCCCGUGGGUCAUUCAUCAAGUCUCCCCUGGUGCUGAGCGGGGGGAUUUGUUUUCUCUGUGCUGGCAUUCUCUGCUUGGUCACCGUGUCCUGGACCACCAACGAUGUCAUUAUGGAUUUCUAUGACCCCUUCCUUCCCAGCGGGAUGAAGUACGAGAUCGGCCUGGCUGUUUAUCUGGGUUAUGCCUCAGCCUGCCUCAGUCUGACUGCAGGACUGGUGCUGUGCUGGAGCAGCAGUGGUGACAGGCCACAGAGGUCCCUCCAUAGGCAGAGGAAUCAACCAUCAUCACCUCCCCCUGCCUUCGAAAACACAUGCCCCCCUGCUCCCCCCUACAGGCCCCCUGAGGCCCUGAAGGGCAAUCAUGCUCCUUCAGUUUGCUCCAUGUCCAGCAGUGGCUACAGACUGAAUAACUAUGUUUAAGACUGGGAAAAGUUCUAACACAAUAACAGCAAACUCACAAGUACUGUGCAUGGAUCCAAAAACACUCAACUGAACACUUCUCCAACAUAUUUUAGAUAUAUUUUAAUGGCUUUCAUACUCACAAAACAAGUAGUAAAAAGGGGAAGAUGAACCACAGUGUGUAAAAAGAACUGAGAGCUCAAACCUGUUGACCUACUGUUAUGUGGCUGAAAGACCAGAAGGUGGCAACACACUACAGCACAUAGCCACAGAAGCUACUACAUAACUCUGAUACCAUAUUCUGUGCUGUAACAGUCUUGUUAAUGUAUUACCAAUUGUUCUGUCACUUCCUUGUCGUAGCUCACUUUCUCGUUGGGAUUAACUCUUUCUGAAAAACAACCAAUACAAAUAUAUCAGCACUUUCAAAUAAAACAUAUUCUGUGCCAGUAUUCAGUCUUUAAGUACUUUUCACACCAAAGAAAAUAAAAAUCUGUUAA